GUAAAAAUGAAGAUUUUUGCUUUCAAUUGGCUGUCAGAUCUUGGAGGGGUGGUUAAGUUUAAUGAAUGGCCUCAAUUGUGUGGUUAAAGGCUUAUGGGCUUUUCAAUGACAUAUAAAGGAACAAUCUUGAAGCAGUUUUGGGAACUAUUUGUGUUUAAUGAAGGUAUUUGUCUGCAGGGAUUAGACUAUGUGAUAGUUGAAGCAAGAAGCAAUCGUAUAAGGUUAAUUCUCAGUCUGGUGAAUAACCUGGUUGCAUUUGGUGGAAAAACUCAGUAUGUGAAGUGGGCAAAGGAAGCUGGAGUUAAUGUCUCUUCAUCAGAUGACUCAUUCUUUUCGAACCCAGUUAUUAAAGAUUACUUCAAGGCUUAUAUUAAGGCAGUUGUGAAGAGAAAGAAUUCAUUAAGUGGAGUUAGGUACUCUGAAGAACUGGCAAUUUUUCGCUUGGGAGCUCAUGUAAGUGAUGGAGACAUUGCGCCGAGGAAACCAGUUCUUUUCACAGAAGUCGGCUCAAGUCGGCACGUGGAUGAGAAGGGAGUGUUUGACAGAGAUGUUUUGUCAAAAACGGUGUAUGAUAAAAUUUAUGAAUCCGUAAAGAAGAGGCGGGCUGGUGCCUUCAUCUGGCAGUUAUUAGCUGAAGGCGUGGAUGGAUACACUGAUAAAUAAUAAUCAUGUAGGCUGCAAAGUAUUUCUGCAAAAAGCCAAAGACAAAGAAAGACUCAACAGAAGGAUCCCUGCUUUGAUCAGUUGUAAAUGAGAGGAAAUGAAACACAGAAACUGUAAUGUUUGAGGUGGGAAGAAGUUUUCGGAGUUGAAUACGAGGUUUUAUACUGUUCUUGGUAUGCGAGGCUGACAAGAUAUAUGCUUGAAAUGAAAGAUCAUAAAGAAGAAACUGUGAGGGCGAUUCAGGUUCUAUCAAUUCUAUCCAGAUUCAAGAGGAGGAAAUGGCCUUGUUUCUGUAUUCGAACAGAGUGAAUAUUGAUCUAUGUGGGCACAUGUGCGACUCUUGAGAAGGGCUCCUUCGUCCUUGCAGUAUAUAUUUACUUGAAAUAGAAAGAACAGAAGAAGAAGAAGAAAGUGUACAGUGAUCAAGAUUUUGAGCAGUUAUAUUCAGAUUCUAACUAUAAGUCGAUCUUUCAGUGUUCAAGAUUUUGAGUAUUGAGUUGACUGAGUUGCAAUAUAAUUUGUGCAGUUUAUGGCGAUAUUUGUAAUCGAUUGUAUACCAACAUCAAGUGUUUGAUAGUUUGAUUUACUAUUGAUUUGC